CCCUCUCCCAAGAUGAGUUAGCUUUCAGAAGGGAAGAGCCUGAUGGAUUCAAGAAUGGAAUAUAAGAACCUUCUCUUUGGCAUCCUUCUUUGCUGCACUUUGCUUACAGCCAGCUAUUCUUACAUGAUAUUUGAGGAAAAACAGAACACAGACACCAGUGUGGUGAACAACAAAAUGAAGCUCCCAGACCUCCCACCCAUCUCUAUAGUAGAUUUAACCAAAACACCCAAGAAGAUAAGCAGGAAAGAGGCUGAAAAAAAGAAAUCUAUGAAGAGAAGGUCCCAACAAAAAAAGCAUCCCCAGCGGCCAAAACCAUCACCCCCUUCUAACUGUGUGGCUACCUGGGCAAGUUGCAAACCUCCCUCUCAGCCAUGCUGUGACUUCUGCGCCUUCUGCCAUUGUCGGCUAUUUCAGACAGUCUGCUACUGCCGAAUGGGAAACCCAAACUGUUAAACUCAAACUAGAAAUGCCAUUGGGACUCUGGCUCUCAUUAGACCCAUUGGUGCAUCUUUUAACCCUGUUGGUCUCAUGCGAAUUGCAAAGGAAGCCAAGCCUUUGAAGUUGACUAGCUUGCUUUGGCUCCUUCCACAGCCAAAUGAUUUUUUAUAUACGUAUUAUAUAGGGUUAAUGCUGUCAUUAACAAGGCCAUCCACAUCCAUAGGAAUUUUGACAAGGAGUAGGAAGGAGGGAGCUUGAGGCUGACAGCCAAAAGAGUAUUUACAAGAGAGGUGAAGGCUGCAUAUGGCAAAGGAAUUAUGCCUCCCUUCAGAAAGACAUUUUAUCACGUUACAGUUUUGAACAAGAAGGUGGACCCCCGAGUCACUACAUAGCUCCAAACAGGCAAAUUCCUGCAGAGU